UGUGUUUUUCUUUGGCCAUCCACCUAAUUCGCAUCCAUCAUCUCUCUCUCUCUGUCUGUAUAGUGUCUUUCAAAUUCCCCUAAGUCUCUCUGUUUUGUUUUACUCCAAAAGCUUUUUAACCCUUUUGAGAUUUUGAUAUAAUUAUCAGAUCCUUUUGCUACUGAUGCUAGUUCUUCCUUUUAGGGCUUUUUUUCUUCCUUUACUCAUGUCAAAUUACCUUGUUGUCCCUUGGUGUUUAGGGCUCUAAUCCCUAUAUAAAUGUUGCUUCGUUGAGACACAACAUUACGAAUUAAGCCCUUCUUCGUUUUUUUGCUUGUCCGGAUCCUGAGAUGGAGAGAGAAUGUGGGUCGAAGGAGUUGUUCAGCAAAGAGGAGCUGCAAGAAAUAAGUGAUCUCCAUGUGGGAGACGAUUACGUCGAGGUUAUGUGUGGCUGCACUAGCCACCGUUACGGAGACGCCAUUGCUAGGCUCAGGGUUUUCUCAGAUGGAGAACUUCUCAUCACCUGCCAAUGCACUCCUGCUUGCCAAGAAGACAAGUUAACGCCUGCUGCCUUCGAGAAGCAUUCCGAGAGAGAGACCUCUAGAAACUGGAGGAACAAUGUGUGGGUGUUUGUCGGGGGAGACAAGGUUCCACUUUCAAAGACUGUGUUGCUCAGAUACUACAACCAAGCAUUAAAGAAAUCCAAUGUAUCAAAAAUCGUUCAUCGGGAUGAGUUAGUUGCGUGCAGCAGAUGCGGGAAGGAACGGAGGUUCAGGUUGCGGACCAGAGGUGAAUGCCGUGUGCACCAUGAUGCCAUGGCUGAGCCCAACUGGAAGUGUUGCGAUUAUCCAUACGAAAAGAUAACAUGUGAAGACGAGGAAGAAAGAGGAAGCAGGAAAGUAUACAGAGGAUGCACUCGCUCUCCUUCCUGCAAAGGCUGCACUUCUUGUGUCUGCUUUGGCUGCAAGCUCUGUCGUUUCCCUGAUUGUAACUGCCAGACUUGCCUCGACUUCACCACCAACACCCAACUCAUUUGACUUCCUUUCUCUAACUUACUUAAUUCUUCUGCAAAAUCUUUUGCUGUAUGGUGGAUGCUCUGCAUUUUUUUUUUAAUCAUUACCUUGUUGCACCUGUUUUGUGACUGGAGAGACCAAGUAGGAAACACAAACAACUGAAAGAA